GACGCGGCUUAUCAGUAAUUUAAAUUUUGUGUAUUAUUCCGGCGUGAUUGAAUGUUUGCUGUUGGAAGUUGGUUUACUAACUGGUUUUGGCCAUUUGUGUGAAAUGUGAGAUACCUUCCUUAUUUUUAAACACUAUUUGCUAUAGAUAAUAUUCUAGGGAAUUCGAAACAUUACUUUAACGACGAUGGGAUCUUGUUCAGCUCCAGGAUGCAAUCAUAAUCACAAUAAUUGUAGACUGUUCAGGUUUCCCUCGGAUAUUGUGAGAAGAAAACUAUGGAUUAAAAACUGUCGACGGCCAUUAGCAACGACAGCGCACCGAAUCUGCCAACAUCAUUUCCAAAAAAAUCUACUUCAAAUGGAAGGUAGUAGAUUAAUGUUGGCACCGAACGCUAUUCCAACAAUUUUCAAGCAUACUUCAUCUCUGAAGACGAGCAGGAAACCGGCUGCUGAAAAAAUGAAAAACGAAAAGAAGCAGAAUGAUGAAGGAAAUGGUGCAACUUCAGAAAUCGAUGGUUUGUUAAAAGAAGCAGAUUGUUCGUUAGAAGAGCGGAAACAUGCUGCACACAAAGAAUUAAUAAGCGCUCUAUAUGAAGAUGCGAAUCCUCUUGAUGACGAUGUAAUGGAACCGAAUAUACGAAAUACAAAUCAGAAAUCUCUAGGAUUGGAAAACAUACCAAUGAGUGGCAAUGAUAUUUCAAGUGAAUCCAAUAUCGAAUUUUCUUACUCUACCCCCAAAAAACUGAAUGAUUUAACGCCCAUUCUUGCAAAAUGGUCUCCAAAAAUGAGCAAUGUUGUUAGCAUCGUCGAUAAUUUAGUGGAGAGUUCUGACGAUGAAGAUGGUAGAAAGAUCAUUGAAAAUUUAGGAGAUGGUUCCGUCGAUGAAGAUAGUAGAAGUGAUGAGGAAACUGAUACAAACCAUGUAGUAUACAUUAAUGAAGAUUUAGUCAAACAAGAAAGAUUUGAGGAUGAAAAUGCCGAAGAAAAUUUUGAUUACGAAUCAACCAGAAGUUCCAAAAAAGACAAAGACGAACUCGGUAGUCCAUUCGACGAAAACAAACCAAAAGAAGAAUAUCACAUCAGCGAUACUCUGUGUGUUAAAAUUCCUAAAAUAAACAUGAACGGAACAUCCGUGCAUAAUUAUCGAGUACAUUUGCCGCCUGAGAGAAGAACUCGGAACGGAAUUAUUGAUAGAAAGUCUAGCUCGCCCGCUCAGAGGAAAAGUACGUUACCCAAGAAAUCUGCUCCGAAGAAACCAUCAAAAGAUAGUAAACCGCUUCAGAAUAACCAGCGUUGCAAAGAAACACCGUCUAGCGUUAAAUCGAGGAGAACAGUUUCUGCAGUGUCCAAACCUCAUAGUAAACCGCCUCAGAAUAAUCAGCGUUGCAAAGAAACGCAUUCUGACGUAAUACCUAGACGCACAAUCUCAACGGAACCCAAACCGCAAAGUAAAAUCCGUAAUAAUGAAAGGCUGUCUCCACAAAGUAAAAUCCGUUGUAAUAAAAGGCUGUCUCUUCGAACAUCUGGGAAAAGUCCUGAAGUAAAGGUACCCGACUAUGAACCAUUGGUAACUAGAAGCGGAAAAAAACGUUUAUUCGAAGAAUCUAAGGACAAGUCAAUCGGCGCUCCUCCUGUUUAUACAAUUGAUGAUGCGGAAACAUCGCGCCGUACCUCUAAAACUUCUAUAAAAAAAGAACCGGAAGUCGAUGAAAUCCCGAGGCCUCACUCUCCACCACCCUCGGCAUAUAGGAAGAAUAUUGAAGUGUUAUUUGUAUGCCAAUGUUGUGAUAAAAAGUAUGCGUCUGUGGAGCAUGUAAAGGCUCACAUUAGAACUCACUUUCCUAAUUGUGCUACAAAUUAAAUGUAUAAUGUAUUCAUUUUGUUUCAUUCUGUCCUUCUGGUAACGUUUUCAUUUGUUUAUUACAGUUCUUCAUUUUUUA